AGUCAUAGUUUGUUGUUAGCCAGCGCUCGUUGAAGAGGUUUCGAGGCAUUAAUUGCAGAUUCUGUUAACCAUGUCAUUUAGGAGCUUGCGAUUAAGCUUCCUGGGGGUGGCGGUAUGCGCCCUGCUGCUGCCCCUCGCGGCUUCUGGGGCAGCGGGCGGCGAUCGGCAGGAACGAGACAUGAGCGGCUUCUUCGGACACGACUUCUGGAAACAGUUCGAGCGAGGAUUCCGACACAUGGAGGAUUCCGUCCGUGACGAUGCGACACGACUGGAAGGCAUGUUCGACUCGUGGUUGUCACCCCGCCAGCAAGCAUCCCAGAAGCACCACCACAGCGAUGUCGAAAUGCUGCCAACAGCUGAAGAACGCGAUACCGAGCCUGUGGAGAUAGAUGGCGACAUUGAUGACAUCGACGGCGAUGUAGAUGACGUGACCGACGACUUCCCAGGGAACUUCUUCAACAUCUUCCAUGGACCGACAACGAGAUCGUGGUGGUCAGGACCUAAUGUGUGUGUGGACAGGGAGGAGAUUAAUGAAAGUCAGCGACACAAUGACACUGAGUCAACAGAUGAAGAUGAUGACAGCAUCCUCGGCAGCUUCCAGUUCUCCAGCUGCCGCCAAAGUGAAACUAAAUACACAUGCACAACAAAGAUUCGCAGUCAUGGGAUUCGAAAGACCUUCAUUGUGAGGUACCAGUGCUGUCAUGGUUACAGGAGAAUUCCAGGAAAACCAGGCUGUACAGAAGUGAACUUGAAGCCAAUGGUGCAAACAAUGGAAGAAUUAGGAGCAAAGGUCUUCCCAGAGAUGGCCCGUGCAACAGGUGUUGCUGAAAAGUUAUCGUCUGAGAAUCUGACAGUAUUUACUCCUACUGAUGAAGCUGUACGUGAUUUCUCAGAGAGUCUUCAGGCUGCCAACCAAGUGGAUUUUUACAUCCCCCCGGGGCGCAGCCGACGAGAUACAACAAACUGGGAAAAUGAAGCGGCAUCUGGUGUCAAUAUGAAAGAGGUGGUUCUAGGCCACAUGGUUCCAGGUUUCCAGGACAUUGGAGAUCUUGUUGAUGAGCAGGUGCUCUACAGUGACAACAAUAAUUCAACACUGCGAUUCAACAUGUACGCUGCACCUGGUGAACGACUUCUGACUAUCAACUGCGCUCGAGUCACAUCUAUCGACAAUUAUGCUGAGAAUGGCAUCGUGCACAUCAUUGACCGUGUCAUCCGACCUGUCACUCGUACUAUUGGACAACUCAUUACAGAAGAUGCCCAGUUUACUCGACUCAGAGAAUUCCUGGAGCGUACAGGUCAAAUGCAGAUUUUGAAUGAACCUGGUCAUCUGACACUGUUUGCACCUAUUGAUGUAGCUUUUGACAAUAUGGAUCCUGCCAUUCGUGACAGGCUGCUUUCCUCAGCAUCCAAUACCUGCCUGAAGAAUGUCUUGGGUCACCAUUUGCUGACACACACGCUGUGUUCAUGUGCUGUAACACAGCGAGUAGCAACACACACUUCUGUUGGAACUCCUUUGAUGUUAGAACGUUCUGAGGAUGGAAAGCUAUUUGUGGGUUCUGGAACUCAAGUUGUGGCUCGUGAUAUAAUGGGUACAAAUGGAAUUAUACAUGUUAUUGAAGAAGUUCUUCUUCCUGACUCAGGACUGCCAGUUACAACAGUUUUGGAGCGACAGAACCUAACACAGUUUGCUGGCCUGCUGAAGGAAGCUAGUCUGGCUGGUGUAAUUGAUUCAGCAGACAAUGUGACUGUAUUUGCACCAAGUGAUGAUGCCCUGCGACGUCCUGAAGCAGUUGCUGCAAUUGAAUUAGCAAGGAAAAGUCCUGAGGAUCUGCGUAACUUGCUCCUCUUCCACACAGCGAAGCCUGAGGUGCAUUCAUGUGAUAUCACAAACAAUAAAGAAAUUGCAUCUGGUUUGGAAGGCCAUAGCCUCAGGAUAAACCUGUAUGCUACUAUGCCACAUUUCACAUUGCUGGGGAAGCGAGCCACGGUUCAAUGUGCACGCAUAACAAACCUUGAUGAACAUGCAUGUGGAGGACUGAUUCACCAGGUGGACCGUCUUCUGGUACCACCUGCAGGUGAUGCAGUACAGCUUCUUGAAGCUAGUGGAAAUUUCAGCACAUUUUUGAGACUACUGCAGGAAACUGGCCUGAUAUCUGAACUGAAAGAAAACAGUCCAUUUACUCUCCUAGCACCAUCAGAUGAGGUUUUUGCUCGCAUUCCAGAGCCACAGAUGGACACACUGACAUCAGACAAGGAGCUGCUAACUCAUGUUCUACGCAAGCACAUUUUACCAGAGGUGCUUUGCUGCUCUGGAGUAAGUGUAGCUACAUGGCCCUUCUCCAGUCGAGCAGAAUCACUUGGUGGGCCUCUUCCCCUCCGCCGAGACUAUGAGGGUCGCAUUCAUAUGGGAGGAGCUGCCAUUACCAGUUGUGAUCAUGUGUCCAAUGAUGGUGUGGUUCACUUUGUCAACAAGGUGAUGAUGCCAUCAAACCCCAAAUAUAGGAGAGUUAUUGGCCACCGAUCCAGGAAUCCUAAUGUAGAAGUAUUCCUUUAUGGUCUCUAGUUUCAUUUGCAGAAGCUACAACUGUAUUUACAAUGCUUAUGUUUGUCACUUUUUAUUUUCCUAGUUUGAAGAUGAAAAAAAGAGGACAAAAUCUUUGUAAUAGUGUGUUAAGUUAUAAGAAAUGUACUGACAUAUCAGAGCAGUAUUGUACUGCAAAAGUCACAUUGUGACUAAAGACUGGAUACAAUUUUUUGUUUGUUUUCAUUGUUUGUAAUCAUCUCAGAUCCAGAGUAGUUUCUGAUACAUGAUUACCAUAUUUUUAGAAGCUGUAUUAGUGACAAUGGCACACUAAUUUGUAUUAGGCUUUCUUUCAAAAGCAAAAACAAGGCCUUUACACAAAAAUAUUAUUCCUGUUGGUUGUUUUAUGAAGCUACGAUCUUUAGCAAUUAUUUAUUCUUGAAUGCACAUGUUACAACACUUUUGUACUGAAAUUUGUGAAAAUAAAGUUAAUUAAAAAUGA